CAGAAAGCGGUGCUCCUCGUCGCCAGAUCCCCACCGUAUUGCAACCCCGCUGCUUCCCUUGCGUGCAGCGCUCCUUUGUGGAUUCCCGUCUUGGGAACGGCGGUGUGCCUCACUCGGCCCCACUCCCGGGUUUCCUUCCCGAGCUCCCGCCUCAGCCCGGGGCUCCCCUGCGCCUGCCGCGAGGGCUCGGGCCCAGCGCCCCUCGCGCCCGCCUGCCGCUCCCCGGGCUCCACUUUCACUUUCGGUCCCGGGGCCGGCGAGGCAGGCGGCGGCGGCGGCGGCGCGAGGGUGAGCCGGCUGGGUCCCAGCCCCACAGGUAGUCUGAGCAAGAAGAUGAUAUCUCUGUCUGUCAAAUGGCCACUUGGAACCAUGUCAUUUCUGCUUUCCUCACUGUUGAUUCUCUUAACUCCUUCCUGGUGUCGGAGCAGUGAAGCUACUACAUCUCCAAAAACUAGUGAUGGGACACCAUUUCCUUGGGAUAAAAUGCGGCUUCCUGGGCACGUCAUUCCAGUUCAUUAUGAUCUCAUGAUCCAUGCAAAUCUCACCACUCUGACUUUUGAGGGAACCACGGAAAUAGAAAUCAGAGCCAGCCAGCCCACCAGUACCAUCAUCCUGCAUAGUCACCACCUGCAGAUAUCUAAGGCCACACUCAGGAAGCGAGAGAGGCAGUCUGAAGAACCACUGAAAGUCCUGGAAUAUCCACCUUGGGAGCAAAUCGCGCUUCUGGCCCCCGAGCCUCUGGUGGGGGGGCUCCUGUACACAGUUGUCAUCCACUAUGCUGGCAAUCUCUCUGAGACUUUCCAUGGCUUUUAUAAAAGCACCUACAGAACCAAGGAAGGGGAAGUGAGGAUACUUGCAUCAACACACUUUGAACCUACUGCAGCCAGAAUGGCCUUUCCCUGCUUUGAUGAACCUGCCUUCAAAGCGAGUUUUUCAAUCAAGAUCAGAAGGGAGCCAAGGCACCUCGCCAUCUCCAACAUGCCGUUGGUUAAAUCUGUGACUGUUGCGGAAGGACUCAUAGAAGACCAUUUUGAUGUCACUGUGAAGAUGAGCACCUACCUGGUGGCCUUCAUUAUUUCAGAUUUUAAGUCUGUCAGCAAGAUGACCAAGAAUGGAGUCAAGGUUUCCGUCUAUGCUGUGCCAGACAAGAUAAAUCAGGCAGAUUAUGCACUGGAUGCUGCGGUGACUCUUCUAGAAUUUUAUGAGGAUUAUUUCAGCAUUCCGUAUCCCUUACCCAAACAAGAUCUUGCUGCUAUUCCUGACUUUGAGUCUGGUGCUAUGGAAAACUGGGGACUGACAACGUACAGGGAAUCUUCUCUAUUGUUUGAUGCUGAAAAGUCUUCUGCAUCAAGUAAGCUCGGCAUCACGAUGACUGUGUCGCAUGAACUUGCCCACCAGUGGUUUGGGAACCUCGUCACUAUGGAAUGGUGGAAUGAUCUUUGGCUAAAUGAGGGAUUUGCCAAGUUUAUGGAAUUCGUGUCUGUCAGUGUGACUCAUCCAGAACUGAAAGUUCAAGAUUAUUUCUUUGGCAAGUGCUUUAGUGCGAUGGAGGUUGAUGCGUUAAAUUCCUCACACCCUGUGUCCACACCUGUGGAGAAUCCUGCUCAGAUUCGGGAGAUGUUUGAUGAUGUUUCCUAUGCAAAGGGAGCUUGUAUUCUUAAUAUGCUAAGGGAUUAUCUUAGUGCUGAUGCAUUUAAAAGUGGUAUUGUCCAGUAUCUCCAGAAGUAUAGCUAUAAAAACACAAAAAAUGAGGACCUGUGGAAUAGCAUGGCAAAUAUUUGCCCUACGGAUAGUGCACAAAGGAUGGAUGGCUUUUGCUCUAGAGGUCAACAUUCAUCUUCAUCCUUACACUGGCGACAGGAAGGCCUUGAUGUGAAAACCAUGAUGAACACCUGGACGCUGCAGAAGGGCUUUCCCCUGAUAACCAUCACAGUGAGAGGGAGGAACGUACACAUGAAGCAAGAGCACUAUAUGAAAGGACAAGGCGAUGCCCCAGAAACUGGGUACCUGUGGCAUGUUCCAUUGACAUUCAUUACCAGCAAAUCAGACUCAGUCCAUAGAUUUUUGCUAAAGACAAAAACAGAUGUGCUCAUCCUCCCAGAAGAGGUGGAAUGGAUCAAAUUUAAUGUGGGGAUGAAUGGCUAUUACAUUGUGCAUUACGAGGAUGAUGGAUGGGAUUCUUUGAUUGACCUUUUAAAAGGAACGCACACAGCAAUCAGCAGUAAUGAUCGGGCCAGUCUCAUUAACAAUGCAUUUCAGCUUGUCAGCAUUGGAAAGCUCUCGAUUGAAAAAGCCUUGGAUUUAACCCUGUACUUGAAACAUGAAACUGAAAUUAUGCCUGUGUUCCAAGGUUUGAAUGAGCUGAUACCUAUGUAUAAGUUAAUGGAGAAAAGAGAUAUGAAUGAAGUGGAAACUCAAUUCAAGUCCUUUCUCAUCAGGCUGCUGAGGGACCUCAUUGAUAAGCAGACUUGGACGGACGAGGGCUCGGUCUCAGAGCGAAUGCUGCGGAGUCGGCUCCUCCUCCUGGCCUGUGUGCGCAAGUAUCAGCCCUGUGUGCGGAGGGCAGAAGGCUAUUUCCGAGAGUGGAAGGAAGCCAACGGAAAUCUGAGCCUGCCCAACGAUGUGACCAUGGCAGUGUUUGCUGUGGGUGCCCAGAACCCAGAAGGAUGGGAUUUUCUUUAUAGUAAAUAUCAGUCGUCUUUGUCCAGUACUGAGAAAAACGAAAUUGAAUUUGCCCUGUGUAUGAGCCAAAAUAAAGAAAAGCUUCAGUGGCUACUAGAUCAAAGUUUUAAGGGAGAUAUAAUAAAAACUCAAGAGUUUCCAGAUAUUCUUAUGUCUAUUAGCAGAAACCCGGUGGGAUAUCAAUUGGCUUGGCAGUUUCUGAGGGAAAACUGGAAUAAACUUGUACAAAAGUUUGAACUUGGCUCAUCUUCCAUAAGAUACAUGGUAAUGGGAACAACAGAUCAAUUCUCCACAAGAGCACGGCUUGAAGAGGUAAAAGGCUUCUUCAGCUCUUUGAAAGAAAAUGGUUCUCAGCUCCGUUGUGUCCAACAAACUAUUGAAACGAUUGAGGAAAACAUACGUUGGAUGGAUAAGAAUUUUGAUAAAAUCAGAGUGUGGCUGCAAAAUGAAAAGCUUGAACUGCUGUAACAAUUCGUUCCUUGCCGGGUCCUGUGAUCUAUUAUCACCCACAUUUUGUUGAAUGUGAAUAUUUUCAAACUAGAGAUGGCUAUUUUGGCCCCUGCUGAAGAUACUUCCUUUUCCUUCUACUUGUUUGACGGUUCCUGCGAAAAGACUGGCUGUUCAUUUUUCAUCCAUGGGUUAUUGCCACCCCAUGUUUCAUUUACAGCUGUUGCCCCGCAAUGUAAACCCAAGUGGGGGUUCUCUACUACGGAGGAGUAAAGUACCUUAUUCUUCUCAUUUUAUGUUUUAUACUUAAGCCCGGAGAGGUCUCCAAACCCCUGCUCCCCACGUGUUUGUCAUUCAUAAGCUGUUUUGUCUCCUUGCAAGACUGUGAA